GAGUGAAGAACAAGGGUUUGUUUUGUCUGUAGUCCAGGCUAGGUUUUCUUCAAUCGUACAUACUACAUACCUAAGCCUUAUCUACUUUUUGUUUCCGACCUUUUACUGUUACCCCUAGUUGUCAACAGAAAAAUGGAGACCAAAACCAAGACCCUAUGUGGACCACACCAAUUUUUCUCUCAUCCUAUUUACCCUUCUGGUUUUUACUAUUUAUAUCAAAUAUUUAUGGUCAUGUCUUCCAUAUGUAACUUCUGAGUUUCUUUUUUUUUUCCCCACAACUUUGUUCUGGAUCUCUGAGGAAUUUAUGGACUCGAGCAGGUCUGAGGGAAAGAGGGUGUUGAGGAACGACGAGGAAGAGGAAGAUGAGGAAGAAGAAGAAGAAGAGGAAGAGGUUGAAACGGAUUUUGGAGAAGAUGGAAGGAGGAAUAAGAGAGUAAUGAGAGAUCUGUAUGGAAAGAAAGGGUGGAAAGGUGGAGGCUCAAUGCCACCUUCUUGUCAGGUGGAUAACUGUGAUGCUGAUCUAAGUGAAGCUAAGCAGUAUCACAGAAGACACAAGGUUUGUGAGUACCAUGCCAAGGCUCAUUCCGUACACAUGGCAGGGCUGCAACAAAGGUUUUGCCAACAAUGUAGCAGAUUCCAUGAGCUUUCUGAAUUUGAUGAAUCAAAAAGGAGUUGUAGAGCACGGUUGGUUGGUCAUAAUGAGAGGCGUCGGAAAAAUGCUGUUGACUAUCGUGGAGAAUAAUUUCUUCUUGUUAACGAUGAUGAACAUUAAUAAAGCUUGAGGCAAGCAUGUGAUUGAAACUCAAAUCAUUGUUGCUGCUCUCUAAGGAUGCUCUCUAUCUUCUGUCAAUAUUUUCAUAUGCUACGAUUGUUGCUGUUGUAAGUUACAAUAACUAUGGAUGAUUAAUCACUUCAAAUUUUACUUUAUUUUGGCUUCAGAAAAAUGGAAUAUAGGGAUUUCCAUUGA